AUGCUUCAAACAACAAUUCGACAAUUUGCAUCAAAACCAACAUCCUUACGAAAUAUUGCUCUUGUUCUUAGUGGUUGUGGAGUUUAUGAUGGAAGUGAAAUUCAUGAAGUAUCAGCAUGUCUUGUUCAUUUAAGUCGUCAUUCAGCAUCGGUACAUAUAUUUGCUCCAGAUGCACCACAAAAACAUGUUAUUAAUCAUUUAACUGGUGAAACAAUGUCUGAAACUCGUAAUGUUCUUAUUGAAAGUGCUCGAAUAGCUCGUGGUGGACAAAAUAUUUCAUCACUUGAUAAACUUCAAGCAAAUCAAUUUCAAGCUAUUGUUUUACCUGGUGGAUUUGGUGCAGCAAAAAAUUUAUCAACAUUUGCUUUUAAUGGAGAUCAAAUGAGUGUUGAUAGUCGUUUAACACAUAUUUUAAAAGAUUUUCUUCAUAGUCGAAAACCAAUUGGUAUGUGUUGUAUUUCACCGGUUAUUGCAGCAAAAUUAAUACCAGGUGUUAAAAUAACUUUGGGAAAAAUGAAAAAUUUAAAUGAAAAUGAAGCAAAAAAUGUAUUUCCUUAUUCAGGUGCAGUAUUGAGUGCAAGACAGAUGGGUGCAGAAACACAAGAAUGUGAUAUAAACGAAAUAUGUGUUGAUGAACAGCAUCGAAUUGUUACAACACCUGCAUUUAUGAAAAAUGCUUCUUUUCAUGAAGUAUUUGAUGGUGUUGGACUUAUGAUAGAAAAAGUUAUUCAAAUGAUAGGAACCAAGUAA